AUGGCGCAGCAUGACUUUGCUCCAGCCUGGCUUAAUUUUCCUACUCUGCCAUUGUCAACAAAAUCAUCAUUGAACUUUGAGAAACAUUCUGAAAAUUUUCUGUGGACAGAGAAUCAUUAUGAAGCAAAUCGCAGAAGACUCAACUCUUCACAUGGGUUUGAUCCUAUCAUUGGGUGGCCUAAUGGAGGGCAUUUUGGGAGAAAAGAGAAGAAUGGUUGGUGUUCACAAAGCAGAAAUGGUACAGAAAAUAUAAACUGUCGUGGGAGAUACCAUGGCGGAGGUUCCUGCACUCGUACCAGCACUUUCCACUGUGGAAAAGGCCAAGGACUGCAUGAAAACAAUGUAUAUGAUAAUGAAACUGGGAAAAAGGAAGACAAGGAAAUAUCCAAACAGUUUGAGGCUGAGGAUUUUCCAUCUUUGAAUCCUCAAUAUGAGAGAACACCAAACCAGAAUAAGUCUUUUGCUGCAGGUGUGUGGGGUGAGUACAUACACACACACACACACACACACGCACACAUUUUUUUUUCCCCAGAGUAUCCUUUGAAUCCUAAAUCUAGAUCUCCAAGAAUGCUGGUCAUUAAAAAAGGCAGUACAAAAGAACUGCAGAUAUCUGGAUUCCCUGUAGUUGGAAGUCUUCAUUCACAGCCAGUAAAGAAUGGAACUGGCACAAGUGUUUAUAAAGGAUUAAUCCCUAAACCUACUACUGCAACCGGAAAGCCUACACAGUGGAAAAGACAAGUAAAAGAAAAUAAACUUGGGAGUCCAUUUUCUCAUGAAUCUGCAUAUAGUAUUGGCAAUUUCAGUCCUUUCAAAUCAACUGCCGAGGCAUUUACUGUAUCACAGAAUUCAGUGAAAGAGUGUAAUCAGUCAAAUUCAUCAUCCCCUAUUGACAAAGUUGGUCAACCUCGUUUAACAAAAUUGACAAGAAUGCGGACUGAUAGGAAGAGUGAAUUUUUGAAAGCAUUGAAACAAGAUAGAGUGGAAGAGGAACAUGAAGAUGAAAAUCAUGCUGGGCAAGAGAAGGAUGAUGAGUCCUUUAACUUGCAUAACAGCAACAGUCCUCAUAAUGAGAGAGAUAUAAACCAAAACUUUGAAAAUGAAAUUCCACAAGAGAACAGCAAUGCUCCAAUUACAUCUCAACAGAUCAUUCGAUCUUCAACUUUCCUUCAGUCAGAUGUUCUUUCAAGCUCACUUGAGGCAGAGCAUAGGUUGUUAAAGGAGAUGGGCUGGCAGGAAGACAGUGAAAAUGAUGAAACAUGUGCUCCACUAACAGAGGAUGAGAUGAGGGAAUUCCAAGUCAUUAGUGAACAGUUACAGAAAAAUGGCCAUCGGAAAAAUGGCAUUUUGAAAAAUGGCCUCAUCUGUGAUAUUAAAUUUAGCCCCUGGAAAAACAGCAUUUUCAAACCUGCUCUGGAGAAUGAGGAUUCUGAAACAAGCAGCAGUGAUACAUCAGAUGAUGAUGAUGUGUGA